AAAGCCAAAGGCUUGGCGGUGCAAGUAAGUAAUCCCCUUUCUUCUUGACCUUCGGUUCCUACUUGAAUGCCUUUGUUUGAACCCACAGUAUAGUCGGCCUUCUGCAGGCCACAUGAAGUUAGUUAGUUGUCUCGUGUGUGAGAAAGUGCGAGGAUGAUGCACACAGGUCACAAGAGUCAACUCCCGCAUGAAACACGUAUCGUCCAAGACAAAAUCACUACCUGCACCAAUCUACUGCUUAUUUUCAGCGGUGGAAAAGGCCGUUGCAUCGUCUCUGCUUUGAUGGUUCCGACUUACAUGUUGUCAGAGCACAAAGCAAAAAGGCUGUGUAAAUCUGCGAAAGCAGUGAGUGUCGUUCUAUUCUGUGAGCUACUCGACCACGUCGCCGUUGGUGGUUGCGGCCCCACGACGAUCACCCACUCACGGUCAUCACAGUCAGUGCAAUCAGUUGCGUAGUUUCAGUGCGGCCGUUGGCAGUGUUGUAGGCACGGCAGCCAUUACUGGGCCAGUGACGAUUCUGCAAGUAGCAAAGACGUGCACUUCUGUCUUCUCUCUAGCUGUGUAGUUUAUAGUUCGCGUCUUUCUGAGUUUGCGAGAGCCGUUGCCUGACGCUUGGAACAGUCAGCUUCAAAUAUAUUUUCCAGGGAUGCCGAAGUGAAGUGGAGGAGCGAGAGAGUGAGCAAGAGAUAGGGAGAGACAAAGCCUAGACAAGACAAUGGCUGUAGCACAAGAUCUCGCGACGAUUCAGGCCUUCAUGAGCAGCCUUCGGAAGCAGGAGCCGCCGUAUAGCUGCUUCGUUUGUCAAAAAAUGUAUCGAAGUUUCAGUGGAAUGGAGUAUCACCUGAAGGAAGUAGGUCACGAUGAAAACGGCAAGGAGCGCUCUAAAAACGUUAUUUCAAGACCAAUGAACAACACCCCGAAGAAGGCUUUAGCCUCAUCGCGGCCCAAAAGUCGUAAGUCGGGUGGCCUCAAGUCGUCUUGUGCAUCCUCGCCAGCUCCUGCCAAGAAGGAAACUCUAACUUACAGCGAAGCUCAACGGCUCGUCCAAGUCGACGUGGAUGGAUCUCUUUCCCGUGUUUCAAUGAGAAAUGGCCUUGGUGUUGUUGUUGCUAAUGAGCCUGAAGCGCGAAUGGAAACAACGGAUGGAGCCAAUACUCAAGAUGAAGAGAUGGAUUUGACUUGCCCUCCUUCAACUGAGAUCAGUCUGAAUGACCAUUCAAUUUGUAAAUCCACAGCUGUUGACCUUGGAGAACGGGAAAACAUCACGGACAGACAGCCCGAGGCCACUGCAGAAGGUCUAAACUAUGCUGGUGGUAAAGUUUCUGAUUCACCCGAGACUUGCCGUAAGAUGCCCAAACGCUCCUGCACUGGUACGAAAAAUGUCGGGAUGGAGACUGUCAGAUCUACUCCUGAUGUGAAAAAGAAACAGCGGCGAGCAGCAUCCAGCGGAGCGUGCACAUCUGCCUUGCCUGUUGCUGUUGUACGCAUAAUUGAGCCGCCCUGUACGAGCUCGACGCUCGCGGACAAGUCAGCAUAUUUCCGUUUCAUUGAGAAGUCGAAUGAGGAGCUCGAUGAAGUAGUUGAGUAUGAUAUGGAUGAAGAUGACAGUGAGUGGUUAGAUGGCAUCAAUGCUAGACGGAAAAAGGACGGUGUGGCCCCGGUGUCGCGCGAGACAUUCGAGCUGCUGAUGGAUCGGCUAGAGAAAGAGUCGUUCUUUGAGAGUAGACGUGACGGGAGCAAUGGUGUAGAUCCAGCACUGGACGAGGAUGCGGUCUGCUGUAUCUGCAAUGAUGGCGAAGUACAAAACAGCAAUGCCAUCUUGUUCUGUGACAUGUGUAAUCUGGCAGUGCAUCAAGAGUGCUAUGGUGUGCCGUUCAUUCCGGAAGGCCAGUGGUUGUGCCGUCGUUGCCUCAACUCACCAAGCUGUGCUGUGGACUGUGCUCUUUGUCCGAACAAAGGCGGUGCGUUCAAGCAGACCGACAAGGGCAAGUGGGCGCACGUCGUUUGUGCACUCUGGAUCCCGGAGGUACAGUUUGCUAACGCCGUCUUCCUGGAGCCAAUCGACUCGAUCGACGAGAUCCCGGGCGCGCGGUGGCGGCUGACGUGCUACAUUUGUCAUCGGCGUGGUGGUGCGUGCAUACAGUGCGUGAAUCGUACCUGUUACACCGCGUUUCAUCCCACGUGUGCGCAGCACGCCGGCCUCUACAUGAAAAUGGAGGUGCUGAAGAAGACGGACGGCGACAAGACGGUACCGAGCAUUCGAAAAGUGGUCUACUGUGACGUUCACUCACCUCAGUCGGGAGAAGAGCCCAGUGAGGAUCUAUCCUGUCACCUGACUGUUGGCAAGGCCAUCGUCAGCAAGACAGCACCGCGUGCGCCUCCGUCCGACCUACUAAAAAAGAAGCUGCAGGCCGAACGGCGGCUCAGUGCUCUAUCGGCGGCGCCCAUUGUUAACAUCCCGUUCGUUGCUGACAGCAAACUUGCAGAUAUUGCCGGUCUUGUUAGCAUCAACAAGAAGAUGGCCUUUCUGCAAGAGCUGAGAAGCUUUUGGGCACUGAAGCGACAGUCUAGGAGUGGCGUGCCGCUGCUUCGUCGACUGCAAGCGUCUCAUCAGAGCCAGAAGAGUGGUUUGGAGACGGAAACUGUUGCUGCUCUCAAGGAACAGCUUGUACAUUGGCAUCGGUUGCGUCAUGACCUGGAACGGUCUCGUCUCUUGAUCGAAUUAAUCCGGAAGAGAGAGAAGUUAAAGCGAGAAGAUUUGCGAAUGCACCAGCAUAUGACGGAUCUUCAGCUACAGCCACUUACAGUCCUGCUGCGCCGCACAUUAGACCAAUUGCAGCAGAAGGAUGUUCUCAAGAUCUUUGCUGAGCCUGUAUCUGUUGACGAGGUCCCCGACUACCUUGAAAUCAUUGAUCAGCCGAUGGACUUUAGCACAAUGCGUCGCAAGCUAGACAACCAUGUGUACAUGUCGGUGUCUGCGUUCAUCGAAGACUUCCAUCUGAUUCACCGCAACUGCAUGACCUACAAUGCCAAGGACACUGUCUAUUUCCGGGCUGCGGUGAAGAUACGCGACUGCGGCUCUGCGCUGCUUCGCUUUGCUCGCAAACAAGCGGAGCAGGCUGGUAUUGACCCAGAAACAGGCAUGCAUGUCGAACAGGAUCUUGAUCCGGAGAAACUCCAGCAGCAACUCGACCAAGAUCUUACUCUAGCCGAGCAGCUGGUGGAACUUAAGGCAGAGCAUGAUGAAGUAAAGGAAUCAUCCAGUCUCGGCAAGACGGCUAGGCUACGUGCUCUUCGCAAGCAGAUCACGGUCGUUAAGAAGAAAAUGGCGCAAGAGAUUGUAGAUAAGAAGAUUCAGGUCGGCGUCAUGAUUGCAGAUGGUGAACCCAUGGACUUUCCCGACGGCGUAACCCCGUCAUCAAAGCUCAAGCCACAGAAAAGACGCAGCACUGGUGGAGGCCCACGGCGAAAACGCCACCGUGCCAGUGAUCUGUCCAAUGACGCUGCCAACAGUACCACGGCAGAAAGCUGUCCGGACACCGAUGAUGUGGAAGGAGAUCGGCCCGCUGACCUCACAAUGGAAGACUCGGAAACACCGCUGCGGAUCAAGUCUCCUGAUGGAGCCGGUCGCAAUGGCCUUGUGGCAGGUGAUUCCGGUGCGAGACCGCAGCGCCAGCGCAAGCCGAGCAAUCGCAUGCGAGAGACGGAUGACUUCACGCUGCGUUGCGCUACAGUAACACGUACAUCUAGUCGAGAGGUUGUAUUGGACUUACCUGCAUCACCUUCGUCCAUAUCUCCCACCGGUGCUACUCCCGUCUCGCUUUCUGGUGGUUUCAACGGCCAGGUGCCAGUUGCAGCUGGAGAAGAAGCAAUGGAUACAUCAUCAGGUGCAGCUUUGGUUGGCUCGCACCCUGAUCCAGCUGUUGCUAGCCGUGCCAGCAAUCCAGUCGUAUCUCUGCCUAGAAUAAAGCGAAGUCCUACAAGUUCAUCUUCAGAUCUGGCGGCACCAGAGGAGAUGGACACCUCUGCAGAUGGUGUGGUAAAUGGUCAUGAAGUCGCCGCAGGCGUGGCCACACCGAGAUCAUUUGCGGCGAAGUCCUCCGCAUCUUCACCGUCCUCGUCUUCUUCCGCCUCCUCUUCGACUCAACAGCCACAUGAGAAUCAUCCUGGCAGCCCCAAACCCAGUUCAUCAGGAACACCACCCAGCCAUAACAGCUUAUCAUCACCCGUUGGCCGAAAGAAACGUAAGCCUGGUCGGCCGCGUAACCCGGCAAGGCAUCCGAGUGUGACAUCCCUGUCAUCGUCUGACUCCACGUUUAGUGAAGAAGUAUUCAAGUUUUCUAAUGGCCACCUUAGAAACUGCAGUGAUGCGGAAGAUGGCAAGCCAGAGGAAUCCGCACUUCCUAUUGAACUAAAGCCCAUGGACUUGGUAUGGGCUAAGUGCCGUGGCUAUCCUUCCUAUCCCGCUGUGAUUGUGGAUCCUGCCAUGACUGAAGAGGAAGGUGAUUUUGGUUGCGGAUAUUACGUACCACUACCACCAGUGGGCGUCUUGCGUGUCCAGCGCACUGACAAUGACAACCUUGUCUUGUUCUUUGACUCGCGCCGCACUUGGCAAUGGCUCCCAAGAUCCAAGCUGGCUCCAUUGGGCUUCCGUCAGUCACUGGAUGCUGAGAAGCUAAUGGAGUGUCGCAAGCCCGGGACGCGGCGCUCAGUCAGCAAGGCAUUUGACCGUGCUCUCAUGCACCAGUUACGCUCCAGGUCAGCAAAAGACCCGGAUAGCCAUGCGCUGCCGCCGGAAGAUAUGCUAGAAAAGGAAGAUGAGGAAAGUGGUCAAAUGGAGGAGGAAGAGGAAGAUGAAGACUCAUAGUGAACCGUAUCUUGUUCACCCCUUUUGUUCCUGUGGAUUAGUGUGCGUGAGCGAGUGCGUGCAUAGAAUGUAGAACUUCCACCGACUACAAAAUCGUAGAUUGUCUUGAUGGCUGCGAGUCUUUCCUGAGUAUGUGUUAUCCUGGUGUUUGUUAUUCUUGUCUAACCUAUUCUAUUCUAUUGUACAUAUUGAUUUGCUAUUAUUCACCGCUCUUUGUCCUGCUAUCCAUGUCGUUGAGGAUCCGAAUCCCAUUUGGCUGCUGUUGCUGCUGACACUGUCCGUGCCUUUAUUUUUCAUUAUUUUUAGGUGUCUUAGUUGUUGUCUAGGUUUAGUGUGUGUAUAUGUCCUAGUGUCAGGCUCAUUGAUAUGUGUGGCCGUGUGUGUGUGUUUUCAUUAGUUCAACUUAUCUUUUCUACUUUUUCUCCUGAGCAGCUUUGGCUCCUUCCUGGCCAUUUUUACGGAGGUCACCACACUGCUACUACUCACUCCACCCUCAGCUACCUCUGUGUGUGCUUUUAUUUUGCCUCCUCCGCCUCCUCUUGCUGCUUCUACUACGGGGUGGAAGUGUGCUGGCUCAGGUGUGCACUGGUGGUGCGUUGGCGUUGUGUUUGUACAAUGCUCUCUUCUACGCUGUUCUUCUUAGCUCAUUACUCCUUUCUUGCGGCAGCAGCAGCAUGUGCUGUGUGUCAUGCUGCUCCUUGUGUUGUUUGCUGGUCACACUUCAACUUGGAUCCUUGAACCGAAUACGUGAUAUACAAUUACAAAUA